UGAUACCACUUUACUUCUUAUCAUACACACAUUAUGAUUCUUCUCUUUAUCCUACGCACCCUUUCCACUACUAUGUCAUCAUGUAGAGACAAAUUCCACACUCACACACACACACAACCAUUUCAUCAUUCUCACUCAUCCUCUAAACUUUGAACCAUAAUUCCAAAUCUAACCAAUAUCCACCAUGUCAUCAAGUGCAACAAUUUGGAGCUAUGAAGAAGAAAAAGCAUUUGAGAAUGCCAUAGCCAUGCAUUGGAUUGAAAAACAAGAUUCUAAAGAACAAGAAUGGGAAAAGAUUGCUUCAUGUGUCCCUAACAAAAGCAUGGAGGAAGUGAAACAACAUUAUCAAGUGUUGGUAGAUGAUGUUAGUGCAAUUGAGGCAGGUCAUGUUUCAUUUCCAAAUUAUGCUAAUGAAUUAUUAGAAAGUAGUUCAAAUAAAGAUUCUUCUAAGUCCACCACAAGUUUGGAUAAGAGAUCAAGUUGUAAUUUUGGUAGUGGGUUUUCUGGUUUGGGACAUGACUCCUCCACCCACCAUAGUAGUGGGAAAGGUGGACUGUCAAGGUCUUCAUCUUCAUCAGAACAAGAAAGGAGAAAAGGAAUUCCAUGGACAGAAGAAGAGCAUAGGCUAUUUUUACUAGGUCUAGACAAAUUUGGAAAAGGAGACUGGAGGAGUAUUUCAAGGAACUUUGUGAUAUCAAGGACACCAACACAAGUGGCAAGUCAUGCACAAAAGUAUUUCAUAAGGUUGAACUCAAUGAAUAGAGAUAGAAGAAGGUCGAGUAUUCAUGAUAUUACUAGUGUUAACAAUGGAGAUGUAGCUAGUAAUCAUCAAGCACCAAUAACUGGCCAACAUGGUAACACAAUUCCUUCAAAUACAAUGGGUUUAGGACAAUCAAUGAAGCAUAGAGUUCAUCCUCAUCAUCCUGGUGGUGGUUUAGGAAUGUAUGGAGCACCAGUUGGACAUCCUGUUGUUGCUCCUCCUGCUCAUAUGGCUUCUGCAGUUGGGACUCCGGUUAUGCUUCCUCAUCAUCCUCAUCAUCAUCCACCUUAUGUUGUUCCUCUAGCUUACCCUAUGGCACCUCCACCAAUGCACCAAUAACAACUCUUUCUUUUCUUCUUCUUUUAUGGAAAUAAAGUUUAUGCGAGUUGGAUUUCGAGAAUUCAUUAGGUCAGAUAAAGUCUGACAGAGAUACUUACAUAAUAUAUGCCGAUUAAGUUUUUACAUCGGCAACAGAAUUUGAACUCGGAAGUUUAUGAAGUUUGUGUUAAUCUUUCAUGACUUAACCAAUCUACAUUGGUUAAAAUCCUCUUUAUUUUAUUUGUUAGUUUAGUGAGGAUUUAAAGAAAAGUCCUCUUAUGUGAAAAGUUAAGUUUAUGUUAAAUAAAUUCUGCUCUUGCUAA